CUAAGAGUUUUAUAGUUUUGGCUCCUAUAUUUAGAUUCUAUAUUUUUUAGAUUUUCAUUAUGACUUAAAUCAUUGCUACUCUCUUGGUCUAAUGAGACCCAUAAACUGGGGUCAUAAUUUACCCAGGUAAAUUUAUCUGUAAUUGACUAAUGCAAACUUUAAAGGUAGGAUUUUUGGGAUUUCAUAGGGGAAUCUGUUUCUGUAUGGUGAAAUCUUUAAUGAUUUCAUAAACUUCACUUUACGUAUGUACUCUCAACCUUUUUCUUCUCAACAUGAAGAGUUCUGAUUCUACUUGUGUAGUUCAAGCAGGUGGAUAAACCUGUCCCUGACGCUCACUGGAAGCAGAGAGCAGAGUGGAAGAGAAAGAUCCUUUUCCUUUUUUGGCCAGCUGAGUUUUGAACGUAGAAAGUUUUGGACAAAGUAGCUUGGUGUGCAGAUCAUGAGAGAAGAAGAUUUUGUAAGAAAGUUUCCUCUGGAUUUGUGUGGGGCUGAGAUGAGUCUUAUAGAGAAGAUUCUUCUUACCCUGUUUCGUCUCCUACACUGGACUGGGGUAAUCAGGUUAAAUAUGUUCUGUCUCACUUUUUCCAAAUAUCUCUUCUGUUCUAGGUUACUAGAAGAAAUGGCCAAUGAGCGUCCACCAAGUUUUUUUAUAGAAGAACUUAAUACAUACUGUCAGAAGCACAGCUUGGUACUUAGGUAUUAUGAACUGUCUAAGGAAGGACCUGCACAUAACUUAAAGUUUACAUUUCAAGUUACCAUAAAUGAGAGAAAAUAUUCAGAAGCGGAAGGUAAAUCAAAGAAGGAGGCCAAAAAUGCUGCAGCCAAAUUGGCCAUUGAAAAACUUAAUAGAGAAAGCAAGGCAGUUAGUUCUUUAUCACUGACAACAACAGAUUCUUCAGAAGGAUUAGGCGUAGGAUCCAUUGAGAAUUUCAUAGGCCGUAUGAAUAGGCUUGCCCAGAAGGAAAAACUAUCUGUAAAUUAUGAACCAUGUGAAUCGAAAGAAUAUGGGCCAGAAAGAUUUUACUAUAGAUGCAAAAUUGGGCAGAAAGAAUAUGCUGUUGGUGGAGGUGCUACCAAACAGGAGGCAAAACAGAUGGCUGCGAAAUUUGCACAUGAGCAGAUACAAUCAGAGAAAACCUUAAUGGGUUACUCUUCCUUUCAGAAAGAUGACUCCCUCCUUCAGAAAGAUGAAGAAUCAAGUGAUUCUUGGACUACUUCACCUAGUGACUUGGGAAACAACACUUCGGUGAGAAGCAUAUCUGCUUCUAAAUCCCCACUUGAAAAUGAUUUCUCACCAAGUGCACCAGAAGGAAAUUGUAACAGCAACAGUGUAAACAAUUCUUCAUCUCCUCUGAGCAAUGUCAGAAGUAGUGAAAAGAAGGUGAAAAGAAGUUUGGCACCUAACUUUAACUCUCCUGUGACCAAAGAAAACAAGUACACUGUGGACGCCAGGUUUGCUUGUGAUUUUACAGAAAUAACACCUAUUGGCUCAGGCGGAUACGGUCAGGUUUUCAAAGCAAAGCACAAAAUUGAUGGGAAGACUUAUGUUAUUAAACGUGUUAAAUAUGAUAAAGAGAAGAAGGUAGAGCGUGAAGUAAAAGCUUUGGCAGCACUUGAUCACCCAAAUAUUGUUCACUACUAUGGUUGCUGGGCUGGGAAUGAUUACCAUCUUGAGGACAGCAUAAAUCCUUCAAGAGCAAAGAUUAAGUGCCUUCUCAUCCAAAUGGAAUUCUGUGAUAAAGGGACAUUGGAGGCAUGGAUUGACGACAGAAGAGGCAAGACACAAGACAAACCUUUGUCUCUGGAAUUAUAUGAACAAAUAGCAGCAGGUGUAGAGUAUAUACACGGCAAACAGCUAAUUCACAGAGACCUUAAGCCAGGUAACAUAUUUUUAGUAAAUACAAAACACAUAAAGAUUGGAGACUUUGGACUUGUGACAUCCUUGAAAGACUGUGCAAAUCGGACAAGUAAUACAGGAACUUUUACAUACAUGAGCCCAGAGCAGAUUUCUUCACAAGAAUAUGGAAAAGAAGUGGAUAUCUUUGCUUUGGGGCUAAUUCUCGCAGAACUUCUUUACAUAUGUCCCACUCUUUCAGAAACAAUAAAGAUUUUUAAAGACCUAAGGACUGACAAGUUCUCAGAUAUGUUCGAUGACAGAGAAAAAAUUCUUCUGCGGAAAUUAUUGUCACAUGACCCCACGAAGCGACCUAAUGCAUCUGAAAUACUGGAGACUUUGAAGGAGUGGAAGAAUGUUGUGAAAAAUGAACGAAGCACGUGGUAGAGCCCUUCUAAAAAAGUAUCCUACUUUGGAUAUUCAAUUUUUCUGUAACUGUCUAAAAUCUUCUAGGGACUGCUGAUGGUAUUUACCUUCUAUUUUAAUUUUUCCCUUAAUUUUUCACUACAUUUUAGGAAGGUUUGAAUCUUUUUUUUUUUAUUAACUUCAGAAACAUUCAUACAUUUGCCUAAUUUUCCUGGCUCAUCUCCUUAUUAUAAACAUUGGGGGGAAUCUCUCAAAUUUUUUAUGUCAAUUAGUGAAUCAAUCAAUUAAUAAUAUUUAUCAAGUGUUCACUCUUUCUAGGCCAAAAAAUAUAUUUCCUUGUCUUAAAUAGCUAACCAGCUUGUUAGAGAAAUAUGGUAUCCCUAAAAAGAUAAGUGAUAUACAAUCAUUUUGGAAAACAAUUUGGUCUGAUCUGGUUAAGUUGAAGGUGUAUAUACCCUCAAAGCCAUCAGUUCCAUUCCCACUUGCAUGCCUACAAGAAUGUUCAUAGAAACUCUGUUUACAACAGCCAAAAGAACAAAAAACAAUGUCCAUCACAAGAAGAAUGGAUAGUUUUUUUUCAUACAUUGUAAUACUGUAUAGAAGUGAAAAUGAACGAAUGACAAGCUAAAUGCAGUAACAUGAUCCAUCUCAUAGGAACAUAAUGUUAAGCGAACACAGCUGGUUACAGAAAAUAUAGACAGAAUGGUUCUCUUUACAUAAAGUUCCAGAGAGAAUGCUAAAUGAAAUAAUUUUGUUUAGAAAUGCAAACAAAUGUGGUCAAAUAA